GCAGAGAGAGUCGAAUUGUGCCGUUGGUUGCGAGGUCUUGGUUACAGUCCAUAGUAGUCACCAACGAUUUGCUUGGCUUGUAUGUUUUUGUACCCAUCGUCGUCUCUCCCAAGUUGAAUUAGGUUCAUUUUAUUUUCGUUCUUUGGUGAAAGUGGGUGAGCAGAUUCCUGGUCUCUCUUCCAAAUACACGGGUAUUACAUACAUCGUAGCUACGUAGCUGCUUACAAGUGGGGAAAGAACCCUCUUUUCUUCCACUCUUUGACUGCCUGGCUCUAGCUUAUUGGCAUACACUUCACUUACUCAAAUCAAAGGAAAACAAGAAUUUCUUCGUUACAUUAUCCACUUCCAAAUAGAAUAAAACAGCGUCGUCUCGCCUCCUCGAGAGAAACUGCGUCAUCCAAGAUAAAACCCGUACAAAUUAUCUCAACUUAACUGAAAUAGACGAAUUUAUAUCAUCACGAUCAAAACCAGACCAGAAGUUUGCUUUUCAUCCAUCCCAUCGUCAUCAUCUCUCUCUCCACGAGCGGAGAGAAAGUCCAUGAAUUCUUCCCGGAACCAAGAGCAGAAGAAGACGAAGUAGCAGCAGCAUUAUUUGAUUCAGUUCCACCAUCACCAUCACCAAUACGAAAGCAGCCUUUUCCAUACAAUACGGGCCAAACCACUCGACUGAAGCCAAACUUUCCCCUGAGAAAGCUAUGCCGAGUUGUAGGAAAAUUUCAUCUCCAUUUCAACCCGUGUCGGAUAAAGAUUCCCAGGAAUGCCCAAGUUGUAAAGAGAUCUUUACAUGUUCCGUCACCCUCCAGGUUCACAGGCAGGAGCAUGCUCUCCCCAAUGUGAAACAAUUCACAAAUUCCAACUCCGAUCCUCCCCCACCGGAAACCAGUUGCUCUCGAUAAGCUACGAUUGUCUCAUCUGCGACGCGUCGUUCGGGUCGAGGGAACUGCUUAUCCAACAUUCAAACAUCCAUCUUAUCGGGCAUUCCUGCCACAGCGCGCAGUGCCAACAAUUAUAUCACGGGACAACAAUAACCAACAAUGAAAUUAACAAAUCAACUACUCCGGAAAAUAGUCACUUUUUACAAAUUAUGUCGUCCCAACUAUGUAAAUCUACUUCGUCAUAUCAGGGGGGCUCCCAGAAAGAGGGUAAUAAUUCCGAUAAUAAUAAUAGCAAAAAAAUAGCGAGAAACCAUAAGUCUGACACCAAUUCGGAUUCGACCAGCACCACGAAAUACUCAAACAACCUCUCCACGAAACCACGUGGUAGCCACCACGUUCCUCCCAUUGUUUAUCUAAAAAUACCCAUGAAAUUAAAGGUACAACAGGCCACCAAUUCUGCGCCGCCGAGUAGUCGCGCCACAAAAAGUAGUAGCGCGAUAAAUAACCCCAGAAAUAAGAAGCUCUAUCAGUGCAAAUCCUGUCAGAAAGUUUUAUCCAGUAAAAUGUCAUACCUGGAGCAUUCCAGGAUUCAUUGCACGAAUAAAAAGGGGCCGGAACGGCAUAAAUGUCCCCUUUGUGGGAAGUCAUACGCCGUAAAAAACACGCUUACACAACACAUGACGCUCCAUGAAAAUAACGCCACGACCAACACGACGACGCCUCCGAGUUUCUAUAGCUGUUCCAUUUGCUGCGAUAGUUUUCCCACGCAGCAGAAAUUGGAUUAUCACACCUGUCCAGGGGUGAACAGAAGGGGGGAAAGUUUCCGGUGUAAGAUUUGCAGGAAAAUAUUUGCCCGUAAAGAGUGGCGAACGAGACAUUAUUUAAGCUCGCAUAGCAAUGGGGAAAGUUGUUUUCGGUGUGAAAUCUGCGGAGAUAUUUUUCCAGAUGAACAAUUCUACCUGAUUCAUGCACAAGUUCAUUUUUCUCAUGAGAUUAAAAGGGCGUUUUUAGAUUGUCGGGUGUGUGGGAAAACCUUUCCGGGGAAAGAUUUGUAUGAAAAGCAUAGUUGUCGAUGUGCGGCGGUGGUUAAUUCGCGUUAAUUUAAUGUGACGGACAGGUGUUUCGGGGGAAAGUAAGUAAGACUUGGGAGAAAUAAGGGAGAGAAAGUGGUUUCUUGCAGGGAAAUAUUUUGACCUGGGAGAAAUGCAAGGUGCAAGAAACUUAGUCCCGCAAAUAUGGCUCAUACGGCGGGUGGCUAGAUGGCGCAUAAUUCUUGCACUUUCUCCCAGUUUCUUGCACCUUACAUUUCUUGUGUUUCUUGCAGCUACAUAUUUUGACCUGCAAGAAAUGCAAGGUGCAAGAAACUAUGUACGUCCGCCGCUAUACUUCAUACGGCGCGUGGUUAGAUGAUGCACAUUUCUUGCACUUUCUCCCAGUUUCUUGCACCUUGCAUUUCUUGCAUUUCUUCCUUUUCAGUUUAAGAAAUGUAGCAAACCCCCAAGACCCGAAACACUGGGUGGAAGUAGGUAAAUAAAUAUUUGCAAGAAA